CCUUCCUUCUUCCGUCCAUGUCAUUGACAUUAUUUCGCCUGACCGCCUCGCGCAUCUCUCACCUUCGCCGACAGUUCUCAAGUUCUAUGGCCACUGCUAGCACCGUCACUGAUUCAUCUUCGAAACCGUCAGGACCCAUCGAAUCUUCCAUACGAGAAAAGCUGACGAACCUUCUUCAACCGACUUCGCUAUACAUAACCAAUGAUUCCUGGCAGGUAGGCUUUCUGCUUGUUUCCAUCUGUCGUCUAAUCAAAAUAUUUCUUUACCUUUCCGAUUCAUUUCCUUUGGCCUGAACGUGCGUCCGAAAGCAUCGUCACCACGCCGCCAUGCGUGACCAUAAAUCCGACGGAGAGCCAGAAACUCGUGCGUCUUUUAGCAGAACUUCAGAUUAACAUCUUUAACAUAUUCUGGUUUCGUAGAUUUCACGAUAGACGUCACCUCG